AUGUCCUCCCAAUCCCAAGGUGUUCAAGAUUGGGGCUCUCCUCCAACACAAGCCGUGGGUUAUCCACCUGCGAUGGGAUAUCCUGUAGAACAAUCAGCUUACCGUGCAUUGAAAGAAAAAGAAUCUGCAGCAACGGAUAGGAUAUAUAUGUCGUGCCUCCUCCUCCUCAUUUCAUCUCUCCUAUUUGUAACUACGUUGUGGACGAACUUCAUCAAGAAACACGAGUUGAGGGCUAUAUAUCCUGAUUUUCACAUUGACAGCUUUUCUAUCCCAGACUUUAAUCCAUCCUAUCCUGGCUUCUCGGCUAACUGGGAAGCUAAUAUAACAGUUCGAAACUCUGAGGAGAAAUUGAAAAUACACUUCCAUCAAAUACAUGCCUUUGUGCAGAAGUACGCUAAUGUUGAUUACUACGACCCAUUUAGCACGCUUGCUUCAGGUUUUUCCCAGCCUUUUUCCAUGGAGCCAAACUCAAGUAAUGUGAUUCAUGCUAAGUUAUCAACCAAUGAUAAGGAUAUAGCCAGGGUAGGGACCGAAUCCGUUGGCUAUGAUUCAGAAUUAACUAUGGGCAUUAGAUUUUUGAGCAAAUCGAGAAAGGAAGAAUUGGCCAAGGCACAAAGCAGAGAGGUUUUAAAUGUAUUAGCUUAUGAAAGGAGCAACGACACGUUGACUGUUAUAUUCAAAUUGGAGAUUUGGACUACGUUUGAUGGUUUAUCUAAGGGAAAAGAAAAUACACAAAGCAUACAACUUUGA